CCUAAAAAAAAAAAAAAAAAAAGAGAAACAUGAGUAUAAUUGCAUGGUCCUGUGUAAAUUGAAUUCAUUCUGCAUCCUGUGUUUUUGAAAAAAUGCUGCAGGUAGCAGAGAGGAACGUGCUGUUGAAUCCCGGUAAAUCCUUUAGCCUGGGAGGGUAAUGAGAAGAAAUGCAAACGUCUGUGCUGUCCCUGUGAGUGCUGAAAGAGAUCAGGAGGUCAGAGUGUUCUGGAUGCUCACAGACAUGGAGAGCAGCUCCUCACUUGGGACAUUUCUCCUGCUGAUGUGCUUCAUUGACAGCAGCUGCCUGUUUGAAGUGUUUAUGAGAAAAGACAAAGCCCACGAGGUGCUGCGAGUCCAUAAACGUGCCAACCACUUCCUAGAAGAGAUUCGUCCGGGGAACUUGGAGAGAGAAUGCAAUGAGGAGAAGUGUUCAUUUGAGGAGGCCAAGGAGAUCUUCCACUCGCAGGAGAAAACGAUGGAGUUUUGGUUCAAUUACAAAGGUUUAAAUCCAUGUAGUACAAAUCCCUGCAACAACGGUGGAGUCUGCAAAAUAAGACAUUACAGUUACUUUUGCAUCUGCCCCCCAGAAUUCAGAGGACACAACUGUGAAAUAGAGAGGGUGGAGUGCUGGUACAAGAACGGCGGCUGCUGGCAGUACUGCAGGGACGGCAGCGCCUCCCAGGUGGAGUGCUCCUGCAGCAGGGAUUACACCCUGCACGAGGAUGGCAGGAGCUGCGUGCAGGCAGCACCGUUUCCCUGUGGCCUGAUCAAAGCCAGGCAGGAACAGCGGUGGGGGCCAAAGAGGCUCCCGAGGGGCCAGUGGGAGCACGGGGAUGUGCCCCAGCUGAACAGGAGCAUGGAGGGCACAGCUGGGCAGAUGGAGCUGGAACACGGUGAUGCUGGGGAAGAGGAGACCGUAAAGGAUGCCUUUGGGCACGCUGGACAAAAGGAGGUGGCAGGAGAUGCUUCCAGCUGGAAUGAGACAGUGGUGGGCUCUGUGUCCCAGAAGCCACUGUGGGACAGCGUUGCAGGGCAGGAGCUGGAUGGCCCUGAGCACCACAAGGCAGCGGAGGGAACUGCCAGGCCUGGGAGAGGCCCAGCUGUGUGGGGUGAGCCAAGCCAGGGCCCUGCAUGGCAGGAUGAGAGCACAGCACCUGCUGCCAGGCAGGAGGGAAGGUGGGGAAAUGCUACAGGGCAGAACCAACGAGGGGAGGGCACUGGCAGGAACAGAACGGGGACUGUUCAACACGGGAGCAAUGGGCUGCAGCACAGCGGGGAUGGGGGAGACGUUCUGGACACACCUGAGCCUACCCAGACAAACAUCAGCUCUACUUUGGAGCACAGGGACACCAGGAUAACAGGAGGAAUGCUGUGUCAUCGUGGACAUUGCCCCUGGCAGGUGCUGCUCCGGGACAGCCGGGGCGUGGGGUUCUGCGGCGGGAGCCUCCUGAGCAGUCGCUGGGUGGUCACAGCCGCGCACUGCCUGGACCUCGUGAGGCCCCACCACGUCACCGUGGGAGACUUUGACAAAUACCAGAGAGAGUUCAAGGAGCAGAAGAUCGCUGUGGAACGGAGCUGGACGCACCCACACUACGAUUCCAACGACUACAACGGUGACAUCGCGCUGCUCUACCUGAGCAGUGCCGUUGUUUUCAACGAGUACGCGAUUCCCAUCUGCCUGCCCAGCCCCGGGCUGGCCGCGCUGCUCUCCGAGGAGGGUCGGCCCGGCGUGGUGAGCGGCUGGGGAGCCACCCACGCCCGGGGCUCCACCCUGCGCUUCCUCAUGAAGGCGCGGCUGCCCGUGGUGAGCCUGGAGCGCUGCCAGAGGGCCAUGGACAGGCUGGUCACCGACAACAUGCUGUGCGCGGGGCACGGCACCGCGGCCGCCGACGCCUGCAAGGGGGACAGCGGGGGCCCCUUCACCGCCUCCCACCACAACACCUGGUUCCUCCUGGGCAUCGUCAGCUGGGGCGAAGGCUGUGCCCAACAAGGGAAAUACGGGGUGUACACCAGAGUAGCCAACUACAUCCCCUGGAUUACAGAGGUGGUGGAAAGUGUAGCGGAUUCAGAAAAUUUUUCCAUUAACUUUUCUUAAUGCCACCUAUAGGAGCAGAAAUAAUUCUACUAUUACAGUGUUCCAGUCUACAACACUGUGCCUGUUCUCUUCCUCAAUGGUGUAAAAUCAAGCUUCUUACCCUCGAGGAAAUUUUGAGAGGUUUAAAUUGCUUAUUCAAGUAUUGCUAAAAUACUUGAGUAUAAUAAAGAACUAUUUGCAAGUAA